AUGAAAACCUUUCAUCCAGGAGACAAGGUUUUUGCGAAAGUUCGCGGACGUCCACUGUGGCCUGCAAGAGUGGAAAAUGUAGUAGCGUCAACUCCCAAUAAUGUAAAAUACAAUGUUUUCUUUUAUGGUACUGCAGAGACUACUGUUUGUAAAGUUGAAGAUCUGCUUUUGUAUUAUGAAAACAGAGAAAAAUAUGGAAAACCAAUAAAGCGCAAAGGUUUUACCCAGGCUUUAGCACAGAUUCAGAGAAGAGAACCUCCACCUCCAAAUAUGCCAGGUAGUAUUCCAACUACACAACGUGCAGAUGGUGAAAGUGAAGGUGAAGGAGAUUUGGUCGUUGAUGAAGCACCGAGAACUUCUAUUCAAAGCCAUCAGUGA